AUGGAUCGAAUAUACAUAUUUCUGGGACUAUUUUCCCUCGUCUACUUCUUGGAGGCCAUUGGCGGGAGCUACAUCAACUCGGCAGUUCAGAACAUUGAAAGACAGUUUCAAAUGUCGUCUCGAACAUCUGGUUUUAUGAUUUCAGCAAGUAGGUCCCAUUUAGGCUUUGGGUCUCAAGUUUUGAUUCAGGUGACUUUGGGUACAUCCCGUGUGUCGUUAUUAUUGCACACUUUGGCUCCAAGGGCAACCGGUAAGUCGUAGAAUUGAAAUAUUGCACUGUUUCUCAAAAUUCGUUUUUCAUCAAUAUGAUUUUAGAGCUCGAUGGGUCGGCGCAGGCGCAAUUCUUGUGUCUAUCACGUACUUGAUGCUUGCCUCCCCCAACUUCCUGUUCCCCCAGGGUCAACAUGAUAUCAACACCACUGCGGUCGCUGUAGGAUACAAAAUAUUCAAAGCGUUUCCAUUCCUCAUCUUUUCAGGCCCAACUCAAACCAACAGCCGAACAAUUGGCAACCAACUCGACCCUACAAACCCUUCUCUCCUAUCCACUGAUCCUUGACCGUCUUCCACGUGCGACAUACGAAAAAUUGUUAGAACUGGAAGAUGAUACGACAAAUGUAAGUCACAAAAAAUCAUUAAUUUUCAACACAUUAGCCUUAACCUGUUUGACGACAUCAAUAAAACACUGAAAACAAGGAUGUACUCACUGAUAAUGACUAAAAAUGAGUGGGUACUUUCAGAUCGCGGAGUAUUAUUCGAAAAAAAGCACUCCAGCAAUGGUGACAGGCUCUGAACGUCAAUUCAAUUCUACGUACACAAUCGACGGAUGGCUCAUUGAGCAUGCGUUGGAAGCCGCUGAGGAAGUGCUGAACAAUGGACAGGAUCAGAGUAAAUUAAGGACUUACCUUUCGCAUUUCAUCCACCGCAGAACGAACACGACCGACAGAGAUAUCAAGAAGAUACGAAUCAGUGCAGCGGCUCCAUUCACGUUCUGUGGUAGACUCACAAAUUCUUUGAGAGCAAUCAUCAAGAACUCAAAAUGCGAGGAGCAAGCAUCGAGCAUCUACCCCUUCCUGGUCUUCUUCUUCUCCCUUUUGCUACUCGGAAUCGGCAGAACUGUUCCAUGGAGUCUUGGGAUUCCACUUCUUGAUGACAACAUCAAAAAGAAGAGUCUUCCGGCGUACUUUGGAGCGAUUUCCUCUAUCAGAGUGCUCGGUCCAAUUUGUGGAUAUCUGAUUGGAAGCGCUUGUAACAAGUUCUACUACACGUUGAAUCGUAAGCUUGGAUUUAAAUAUUCACAUUCAGCUUUCAAUUUCUCCUAAUUUUCAGCACCAAAUGGUCUGACCCCGGCAGAUCCGACAUGGAUUGGAGCUUGGUGGAUCGGAUUCUUGUUCAUCGGAACUAUCGCUCUGUUCCCAUCGGUUCUACUGUUCUGUUUUCCACAAGGAAAGGAAGGAAGCAAGUCGACAGUGCAACUCCGCGAUGUUCACAAAGAGAAACUGAAGAUGACCCAGUCGGAAGACCGUUCUGUGGCCAUGAAACUCAAAGACUUUGCAAAGUCUUGCAAAGCCGUUUUGGGUACUCACAUUUAUCUUGGCAGUGUCAUGGGCCGUGUUUGUGACAUUCUCGCGUUCAAGGGAUACUACGUGUUCCUGCCAAAGUAUCUCGAAAAUCACUUUGGAAUUCCUCAAUACCUGGUGCAUCGGUACAUGGCCAUGUUCGGAGUUUUCGGAUUUGGCUUGGGAACGGCAACUGGAGGAUUCAUCACCCGAAGGUUCAAGUUUACUGGAAGACAAGCUGCAAUGUUCGUUCUCUGCGUGUCCGCUAUCAAUGUGUGCCUCUACACCACGAAGAUCUUCAUUGGAUGUGAAUCAAUCGUGAACUCAAUUGGUGUGAACAACAAGUACGAUUUUGAUGAAAAAGGGUUCCAACAGUUGACCAAAAACUAACUUUUUCAGGGAAACAAACUUCAAUUUCACUCGUGAAUGCAAUUCUCAAUGCGCCUGUGACAACGCUAAACUGUAUCCGGUCUGCGACCCGACUGGGUAAGUGCAAAUGUUUCGCGUUUUGGUAUCAUCAAUUGUUCCGUUCAGGUUCGUUUAUUUCUCGCCCUGUCAUGCUGGUUGUCGAGAGGCGAAGCAGUUCGGAAAUGAUCCGGUGCUUGAUUUCACUUCCUGCCAGUGCACGCCGAGCGGAAUUGUCAGCAAGAAGUUCUGCGAAAACACGUGCAAAACAUCCACAAUCCUCUUUUUCUUGACCGUUCUGCCCGGAUCUUUUGUAGCCGGAAUGGGUGUCGUGCCGGCUAUGUUGAUUCUUUUGAGGUAAGGAGAAUUAGAACAGAAUCAGAGUGUAGAAAUGAGAAAUUCCUUGUUCAGAAGUGUGCCCCCCGAGAGUCGAUCACUUUCCCUCGGACUUCAAGGAAUGGCAGUUUCUCUUUUCGGAACUCUUCCUUCUCCGAUCAUCUGGGGCUUUGUCGUCGACGGCGCGUGUCUGGUCUGGGAUAAAACUUGCGACGGUACACGAGGAGCGUGUUCCAUCUACGAUCCCGAGCGGUUACGCGUCGCCAUGCACCUUUUGUACGUGUGCAUCCGCCUCGUAUCACUGUUGACGGACAUCUUCGUGUGGAAACACAGCAAACAUUUGAAUAUAAUGGACGAGCCGGCAAACGAGGUGCGUAAAAGAGACAACUGAUAAGAGUGCAAUCAGUGUGGUUUUAGGAGAAGGACAAUAUUCGAAGGAAUAGUAUCAAAAUGCAGGCAGUGCAGCCAGAUCCGUAA